AAAACCGUCGGCUUGCCGCUAGCUGUGAAGCUGGAGCAGGAGAAGCAGAGGCAGCUGAGGCAGGUGAAGGUGUGAAUGUGAAUGUUUAUGGAUGUGGGGGAGACGGGAAGGGGUGACGGCGUGAAGACGAGACGGAGAAGAGCGAAGGGAGCACGGGGGAGUCCGCCGAGAGCAGGAGGAGCCGCGGACCGGGACGGCAGAGGAGAGGAGCGGGGCAGGAUGUCGGAGAGGAUCGCUUCGUGUGGGAGCCUGUGUGACAGCACCAACCUGCUGCUACAGUACUGCAACAACGAUGACACGGUGUCGGCCAGCAGCAACAUGGACAUGGAGGACAGAGUGUCCCACCUGGAGCAGAGGCUGCAGCUGCAGGAGGACGAGAUCCAGCUGCUGAAGGCGGCUCUGGCCGACGCGCUGCGUCGCCUCGGUUACUGCGAGGAGCACAGCCAGGGGCCGCAUGCAGGGGGCGCUCACGCUGGCAGGAGGCCGCUUGCUGCUGCCGCUUCAACGCCGCCUACCAAGGUGCGUCAGCUGCUGCAGGCUCUUCCCUCCAGGCCUCUGAGUAACGGCUACGUUCAACAGAAACGCCUCCUCUCCUCGCCGUCGUCGCCAAAGAAAGAGGUGCUGCAGUCCAUCAAGAGGAAGAGCAUGUCCACAGAAAGACUUACCCUGGUCCGCAGAGAGAUGGCAGCAGAGAGUCGGAGUCGGACCACGUCCUCCAGCAGCUCCUCCGGUGGGAAAAGCAAAUCCAAAGAAUGCACCUACAAUGCAGAGGACGGCUACGUGAGGAUGUUCCUGCGCGGUCGUCCCGUCACCAUGCACGUCCCCGACCAGCAGCGGGACGGCUUCAACCUGGACCACAAGGUGGCGCUGCCGGACAAAAAGCUGAAGCUUCAGUGGGUCUACGGCUACCGUGGCCGCGACUGCCGCUGCAACCUCUACCUGCUGCCCACCGGGGAGAUCGUGUACUUCAACGCGUCGGUGGUGGUUCUGUACAACACUGAGGAGCAGCAGCAGAGACAUUACCUGGGACACAACGAUGACGUCAAAUGCCUGAGCGUUCAUCCUGACAUGGUAACCAUAGCAACGGGUCAGGUGGCUGGAAACUCCAAGGAUGGAAAGCUUCUCGCUCCUCACGUCCGCAUCUGGGACUCGGUGAGCCUCAACACGCUGCAUGUGAUCGGCAUGGGGGCGUUCGACAGAGCCGUCACCUGCGUCUCUUUCUCCAAGUCGAACGGCGGCUCCUUCCUCUGCGCCGUGGACGACGCCAACGAUCACAUCCUGUCAGUCUGGAACUGGCAGAAAGAGAAACAACUCGCUGAAGUGAAGUGCUCCAACGACUCUGUGCUGGCUGCCGUGUUUCAUCCCAUGGACACGAAUCUGAUCGUCACCUGUGGAAAGUCGCACAUCAACUUCUGGACCAUGGAGGGAAACGCGCUCACCAAGAGGCAGGGACUGUUUGAGAAACACGAGAAACCAAAGUACGUUCUGUGUGUGGCCUUUGCUGAAAACGGCGAUGCCAUCACAGGAGACUCCAGUGGGAACCUCUACGUCUGGGCCAAAGGUGGUAACCGCAUCAGCCAGGUGGUGUCGGGUGCACACGAAGGCGGCAUCUUCUCCGUUUGCGUCCUGAAGGACGGCACCAUGGUGUCCGGAGGCGGGAAAGACCGCAAGGUGGCGCUGUGGGACCACAACUACAGGAAGCAGGCGGAGAUGGAGGUGGGCGAGUCGCUCGGCCCGGUCCGGGCUCUGGCUGAGGGGAAACCAGGUGAGCUGUUCGUCGGAACCACCAAGAACGCCAUCAUCAGAGCGGCCUUUCCCGACACCUUGACCCCCAUCGUACAGGGUCACACAGACGAGCUGUGGGGGCUGGACGUCCACCCCUCCAUGGAGCAGUUCGUUACCUGCUCUCAGGACAAGCAGGUCCACCUGUGGGACACCAGCACCCACCAGCCGCUCUGGAGCAAGACCCUGGAGGAUCCGGGAAGGUGUGCAGGUUUCCAUCCCAGCGGCGCCGUUCUGGCUGUGGGAACCAUGACUGGAAGGUGGUUGGUGCUGGACACCGACACCCGGGAUUUAGUUUCUAUGCACACCGACGGCAGCGAGAUCAUCUCAAACGUCAAAUACUCUCCAGAUGGUAACUUCCUGGCUGUUGCCUCCCAUGACAACUUCGUCUACAUCUACGCCGUGAGCGAGAGCGGCAAGAAGUACAGCCGCGUGGGCAAAUGCACUGGUCACUCCAGCUUCGUCACCCAUCUGGACUGGUCUGCAGACAGCCAGUACCUCGUCACCAACUCAGGAGACUACGAGAUCCUCUUCUGGGAGGCAUCCAGUGGUAAACAUGUGACCAACAUGGACACGGUGCGCAACCUGGAGUGGGCCACCUCUACCUGCACUCUGAGCUUCAGCACCUUCGGAAUCUGGCCAGACGGCGCCGACGGCACGGACAUCAACGCCGUGUGCCGCUCACAUGAUGGCUCCCUGCUGGCCUCUGCUGACGACUUUGGCAAAGUGCAGCUGUUCUCCUUCCCCUGCUCCCAACCAAGGGCUCAGAGUCAUGAGUACAGCGGCCACAGCAGUCAUGUGACCAACGUCGCCUUCCUGCACGACGACAGUCACCUGAUCUCCACCGGCGGGAAAGACACCAGCAUCCUGCAGUGGGUCGUUGCCUAGGCAACGCUCUGUCCGACCCCGCAUCACCAGAUUACCCUCCCCCGCCAGCAGGUGGCAGCACCUCUCUGUGCCUACGGCUGCAUAACCAACCGGACCGACCCGCAGACGUCCAAUCAGAACCGUGUGAGACGGAAGAGAAACAGUAACAUCAUGGCUGACCUGUGACCUUUAGCGUUAGUACUUCCUGUGCCUGAACUGUGUUCAUUUCGACCCCCUUUAACAGGAACUCCACCUGAUUUCAUUUGGGCCGAAUGUGGCUCCUUUGUUCUACAGAGCGGUUCCGAACGCCCGGGUUUGGGUUUCACUCGUUUGUUAUGAUGUUUGAAGGAAACUUCAGACGUUUCUGCUUCAUGUUGAGCAAAUUGAUGCAAAAACCUCAGAAGAAACGUCGUUCUUCCACAGAAUCAGAGGAUCUGACUGAAACGGGUUGAAAACCAGAUCGCUCCCGGGAUUUGUUUAGGCCAAAUGCAGUCUGAGUGAAGUUGGCCAACAUCUUUCUCUAAUCUAACAGAAUUGGUGCCGAAUGUUUGGCAGCACAAAAUUUGUUUCUGCUUUUUCCCUUUUUUCCUAAAGGUCAAAAGGUCAACCAGCCCCUCCCACAUCACCCAGAUCUAGUAACAUUGGUGUGAAAUGUUUGUGCUGCGUUUGUGCCGCUGUCAUUUUAAGGACGUUAAUAAAUGUUUCCAGAGGCCAUGAAAGGUCAAGCAGCCAAAUAAAAUUGGUCAAACGUUUGUGCAGCAAAAGUUAUUUUUGUUUGAGUUGCCUUUCCUUUGGAGAUAUUAAUCAGAGCCUAAAGGUCAAAAGGUCAACUAGCCCCUCCCUCAUUACCCAGCUCCAGUUUGUGCUACAUUUGUGCUGCUAUCAUUUUAAAAUUUCACAAAAUCAAACAAAUUCUGAGCCGAUCGACCGAAGCUGCGUUUGUGCAGCAGAAUUUUAAUUUGUGCUGCUUUAACUUUGAGGAUAUUGAUGAUGAUGUCUGGAAACGCUUUGAUUAAUACCUUUAAAGUGACAGCAGCACAAACAAAAAUUUAUGCUGCACAAACGUUUGACACCAAUGUUGUUAGAUUUGAAGAAAGUUGUCCAACUUCAGUCCGUUUGUUUCUCUGAACACGCACAAGUUUCUCCUCUAAACACACAAAACUAGUUUCUCCUUUAAACUUGAAAUAAACUCCUGCAGGGAUUUAGCAGUCGAAUGUAACGACCAACGUUUUAAACUUCAAAGUGGGAGAGGCCUGUGUGUGUUUUUGUUUUUUCAGCCGUAAAUGAAACGGGUGGAGUUCUGAUUUCAGCAAACCGAGGACGACGCCGUCGCCUUCUUCUCUUCCACUUCGAGUCCCAGAAAUCGAUCGAUUGUCCCUUAAAUGUUCUCGUUUAGCUUUCGGUACGAAGCGCCUGUUGCAUUUCAUGCUGCUGUCUGAUUGUACUACUGUAACCAUGCUGAGCAGGCACUAGAUGGCGCUGCAGUGCAAGAAAAGGAGCAUGACUGAGGCUGCUGUAGAUGCUCUUCAUAAUGUCUGUAAGCUUUGUGCUCCUCAGUGGGUUUGAGUGCCGUGAUAUUUUAAUAUUUAUCUCUGACGUUACUGAUAUAAUCGUGGCUCUUUAGCUGUGGACUCAACCAUGAUGCUGUGCUGUUGCAGUGAGCUUAAGCUGUGCUUCGCCUUCUGUUUUGGUAAUAAAUAUUCCUUUUUUAAUCUGAA